AUGGCCCCAGCUAUUCGUCAAACUACCAAGCAGUGCUACCAUUGCCAGGGACUCGGUCACGUUCAGGCGGACUGCCCAACCCUUCGUAUCAACGGCGGGGCUACCAGCGGUCGAUGCUACUCGUGCGGCCAGCCUGGCCAUCUCGCCCGUAACUGUCCCGGAAACCAAAGGUUCCAGGGUGGUGGGUUCAAUGGACGCAACAACAUGCGAGGAUACGCAUCCGCACCAAGGCCAGCGACUUGCUACAAGUGUGGUGGGCCGAAUCAUUAUGCUCGAGACUGCCAGGCUCAAGCUAUGAAGUGUUAUGCCUGUGGAAAGUUGGGCCACAUCAGCCGAGAUUGUACUGCUCCUAAUGGCGGACCAUUGAAUACUGCUGGGAAAACUUGCUAUCGUUGCGGUGAAGCCGGACACAUCAGCCGGGACUGUCCCCAGAAUGCGACUACUAGCAACGACAACGCCGGUACCACUGCCACUGCCACCACCGCUACCACCAACGCCACGGACGCAACCCCAACCCCAGUUGCUCCAGCUCAAACUACUUAG